CAUUUUCUGUCCCCAACGCGUUACUUCUCAUCCCGUCCCGGAGCCGGACGUCCGUCGCCAUGGCGCGGUGAGUUGGGCGAGCUUCGGCGGAAACGGGAUGUUUGCUCAGGAUUAUGAGGAUGACGACGAGGCCAGCGGCGACGACCGCGGCCGCUCGCCGCGCGGCGCUGGCGGCUACGCCACGCGCGCCGCCGAGGCGGUCGAGCGGCGCAUCAACGAGGGCCGCGAGCCCAUGGAAUUUCACCGUCUUCAUCGGGGCCGCCGGGGCCAGGCCUUUGGCGCGGCGCCAGCGGAGGCGGCUCCUGAGCUGGAUGGCCUGGAGACGAAGCGAAAAAGCGGCUCCAAGGUCUCAGAGCUGAGGGACUACUCCGACCGGCUCUGGCGCCCGGGCACGUCCGGGCGGCCACCCAGCGCCGUGGCCGCGGACCCUGCAGAGCCGCCGGGGGCAGCUGUGGGCGGGCGUGGCGGAGCAGCGGCAGCGGCGGAGGCCAAGGAGUUGGCCCUGCUCACUGGGCGAGGUCCGUCGCGGACUGCGACGGCGAGUGCGCAGACCGGGUCGCAGACUGGCAGGAGCACGUCCAGCCUAGCAGAUUUGAUGAGCGGCCUUGAGAAGAUGAGGAAGGAGAAGAAAGAGAAGAAGGAAAAGAAAGAGAAGAAGGACAAGAGCAAGAAAAAGAAAGAGAAGAAGGAGAAGGAGAAGGAGAAGAAGAAAGACAAGGACAAGAAGAAGCGCAAGAAGGAGAAGAGCAGCAGCUCAUGACAGACUUCUGCCGCCCCGCUCAUAGACGGGCUCCCUCCAGCGGGAAGCCGGCGGUGGAGAUGGCCGCCACGGCGCCCGCGAGUGGAGCUGGCGGCUGGAGCGGAUGCACCGAGACGUGCCGUUGGAGUGAAGGAAUUCGCGCCAAAGGAGUGACCUGCGAGACACCAGAAACACACCGCCAUGUGGGGACUCAAGCCGGCAGUGUCUCGAAGUGGCGCACGAUGGUGGACGAAUGACCCAGGAUCUUCCUCUUCCGACUGGGCCGCGAACUGCGAAAAGAAAAUAUCCAUUUCUCCAG